AUGGGGGUUACACGGCUUGCCCCUUCCUGCAUCCCGGGGAAGGUGGGGGAGGUAGAGGUGGAGGAGGGGGUGGGCCGCCCGGUGCAGCCAGCAGUAGCAGCAUCUUUAAGCCACGGGCUCGGCAGCACGGUCAACGCCAGCCGAUAUGGCUCAAGAGACAAGUUCAUGCGGCAUGGGGAGGUGCUGCUGCUGGCGGCGCUGGCGGAGGAUCCGUUGGAGCGUUGCCUAGCUGUCGUACGAUACGCGCUUGCCGUACUGGCUGACAUGCUGCGGCCUGGCGGAUCCGACCCGGACGACCUGCCCAUCACCACGCUCGGUUGCCACCAUGUGACCGUACGGCAACUUGUCCCCUGCGUCCACAUACAAGAGCUCCUCAGCUUCGAUCCGAUUGAGGGCCCCAAGCAGCUUCAGCUGGCGCCCGGGGGACCUGGACUGCCAGCCGUCGUGGCGACACUGAAAAUCGACCCACGGGUCAAGGUUAAGGCGAAGCGCCUCGGCCGUGAUGUGUCCGUCAAGAUGAGGCAUCACGAGGGGUCGUGUGAGGACGCAAUCGGGGAGGAGUCGUGGGGAGUGGUAGGGAGUCGUAAGAGUGGUGGCUGUGGCUGCACAAGGCGAAUGAUCCAAGGUGGACCGGUUUGGCCGGCUGUGGCUGUGGCUGUGGCUGUGGCUGUGGCUGUGGCUGUGGCUGUGGCUGUGGCUGUGGCUGUGGCUGUGGCUGUGGCUGUGGCUGUGGCUGUGGCUGUGGCUGUGGCUGUGGCUGUGGCUGUGGCUGUGGCUGUGGCUGUGGCUGUGGCUGUGGCUGUGGCUGUGGCUGUGGCUGUGGCUGUGGCUGUGGCUGUGGCUGUGGCUGUGGCUGUGGCUGUGGCUGUGGCUGUGGCUGUGGCUGUGGCUGUGGCUGUGGCUGUGGCUGUGGCUGUGGCUGUGGCUGUGGCUGUGGCUGUGGCUGUGGCUGUGGCUGUGGCUGUGGCUGUGGCUGUGGCUGUGGCUGUGGCUGUGGCUGUGGCUGUGGCUGUGGCUGUGGCUGUGGCUGUGGCUGUGGCUGUGGCUGUGGCUGUGGCUGUGGCUGUGGCUGUGGCUGUGGCUGUGGCUGUGGCUGUGGCUGUGGCUGUGGCUGUGGCUGUGGCUGUGGCUGUGGCUGUGGCUGUGGCUGUGGCUGUGGCUGUGGCUGUGGCUGUGGCUGUGGCUGUGGCUGUGGCUGUGGCUGUGGCUGUGGCUGUGGCUGUGGCUGUGGCUGUGGCUGUGGCUGUGGCUGUGGCUGUGGCUGUGGCUGUGGCUGUGGCUGUGGCUGUGGCUGUGCGACUGGAGGGCGGCGGCCACGUGAAUGUGAUUCCACCAGUCGGCGUCGGCCUCACUCCGGAGCCGCAACAGCAGCAGCAGCAGCAGCAGCAGCAAUAUCACUAUCAACAUCAUCAAGCAAUGAUGACGGCGCCGGUGAUUCACGCGCAAGCUGCCGUGCAGGAGCGGUACACGGUCAUACUUCCCAGUCUUGUACUGCGCGGCAACCUGCCGUACGCGGCCCGUCCAGAGUUUCAAGGCAAGUAA